GUAACAAAGCAGACUUCCGGGACCUUAGUGCUCAAAUGGCCGACGCCAAGGUUGCGUUUUCUGUCAAACGAAAUUAUUUCUAACGCCAGUAAAAUCAUGUAAUUGUUCAUCGAUACUUUGAAUAAAUCGUUUAAACGUGGGUAGAUCGAUGCGUGGAUCGUGGAAUCGGGGUGUGUCCACGACUUUAAUGAACAAUAACGCAAGAAGAGGCACCGGUGCCUUUUCAAAUUUUGGAUUCAGUGCGAGAGUAAUCCCUGUUCUUUAUUGGGGGUGUGAAUAAAAGCGAACAACUAAAAGCGUACCACAGCAAAAGUCAAGGCAUAAUCAGCCCGCUUAAGAAUGCAAUUCAGAUGAUCCGAAAUACUUGACAGCCAAAUCGACGUUAUGAAUUCGAGUUAGUGUGCUUUUAGUGAUGUCGUGUCGAACUUUGUACGCGCGAAGCUUGUUUUGCUUUCCAAUCUCGAUUCAGUGAAUUAUUUUGUUCGUAUUUAAAUGAAUCGUACUGAUAAAUUAUGAGGUUGACGCUCGAUCGUUAGGGAAUCUCGUCACAAGUGAAAAUUCUUCCCAUCUACUUCGAUUGUUUGCAUCGAAUUUAUUACUCAAAUGGUCUUCCCUGACUACUGAAGAUAGAAAUUAAAUUGUACUUGAGGAAUAUAACAUAGAUAUGGAGGAUAGCAUGAGUGUUAAAUCAAUGGAAUCAGUGGCGACAAGUGAUGAGUAUGAAUUUGUAAAUGACAGAGGUAAUGGAAAACAUCAACAAACACUAAUUGAACCACCAAUGUUAAAGAUUGCCAACAACGGCAAUUUUGAAGAUCUUCAAAAUAAUCUUCACGAGGUAUUAACAGAAGAUUCAAAGAUGGAAAGCAAUGAAUAUAAAAUUGUGAGCAGUGCACAACAAAAUCAAUCAAAAUCUAAAAAACUAGGGCAAAGUAAAUUUUAUGAUGUAAGUUCUUGCAUGGUUGCAUCUGAAAAACAAGAUAUUAUGAAACCAGAAGAUUAUAUCGAUGAAGAAAUAAAUUCUUUGGCUCAUGUUCAGCAAGAAUGUACUAUUUUCAAUGGUGUAACUUAUCUGGGAUCAGCAGCAAUAAAUGCACCAAAAUCAGAAUGUGAAAUACAACGUAAUAUGAAUAUAUUAAAUGCAGAGCAGUCUCCUAAUUUGGGAAUUAAAGUAUCUGUUUCUGUGCCUAGUAGUUCUCAAGGCUCUGUUGUUUCAUACGAUGCUGCUACUCAGCAACCAAUUGCACAUUAUGAAGUACAACGAAUUUUAUUUUAUGCACGUGGUGAAAGUGUUGGUCCUUGUGCAGCAUGUUUUGCUUUUACAUGGUCACAUGGGGAUACAUUGGAAUCUGCCAUUUAUCAGUGUCAUGUUUUUCGGUGUGAUAUACCAGAAGCAGUAGGACAAGUUUCCGCUUGUUUUUCCAAAGCCUUUCACAGAAUACCACGUUCAAUGACAAGCUCUUUGACAGGAAGUGAUUUCAAUGGUUUUAAUAUUGGAAGUGAGAAAACUAAUUCCCGAGUAUUUAUUUUUGAAGUAACAAUGGAAAUAAAGGAAGAAGAUGGAAAAGGAGGUUUCAGCAUAGUUCCUAAGGAUAGAAAUUAUUUCAAGCUUCGAAGUAAUGUAUCUAAACAAGUGUAUUUAAGUAUUCAACAAGUAUCUAGCAAAGAAGGAGGAAUUACUCUUGAAGUUGAAAGGUGCUUUGGAGUCCUUGUUAGUCCUGGUCGUAAUGUUAAACAUAGUGAUAUGCGUCUGCUUGAAAUGCAAGUCAAUGCUAGUCCAUUAAUUCAGGAUAAACAAUGUUACAAUAUAUAUGGACACUGGGAUCCUGCAGAUCCAGCCUUGGAAGCUCUUAACAUUGAAACCCCGAGAGAAGGAAAAAUUUAUAUGACAGUUGCUGUUGAUUUAGUAAUACGUGAUAUUCGAGAACCUGUUAGAUUCAUAAUAGAAACAUUAGUUAAAGUAUUUCCACAAAAUGAAAGAUUUUGGUAUUUUAAUAAACGAAAUCUUGUACAACAGUUUUACCUUAAUUCGAAAGAAAUAAUACCCGGAGAUGGCACGGAAGUUCACUAUGAAGUACAAAGUAUAGAAACUUCAGGAGAACUUGACAGAAACAGAUUAAAUCUUGCUCUUAAUUUAGCUUCACUGAUUCGAUCUCCUUCAUUAACUAGCAUUGACACGCUUACACCCAAAGAAGAAAUAGAUUCAGAUGGAGAUGAACCAAUGUUAAGUGGUACAGGGGAAGUAUCAAAAGAUUGCUCUGCAGAUGAAUUAGCUAGUUGGGCAGAAGUACUCGAUAGCUGGCAAGUUAAUGAACAACGUCCAAAACUUCUCAUAAAACUUACAAAACAAGGUAUUCCUGAAGCUUUACGCGGAGAAGUAUGGCAACGUUUAAGUAAUUGUGAUAAUUCACAAGAAAUGAUGGAUAGAUAUAGAACCUUAAUUACUAAGGAGAGCAGUUGUGAGAGCGUUAUUUUAAGAGAUAUUAAUAGAACAUUUCCUGCCCAUGACUUUUUCAAAGAAACAGGUGGUUUGGGUCAAGAUUCUUUGUACAGAAUAAGCAAAGCAUAUGCAGUGUAUGACGAAGAAGUUGGAUAUUGUCAAGGACUUAGUUUUUUAGUUGCUAGUUUAUUGCUUCACAUGCCGGAGGAACAAGCUUUCUGUGUUCUGGUUAAGUUAAUGUAUGACUAUGGUCUAAGAGAUUUGUAUAAGGAUAGAUUUGACAACCUUCAUAUGAGAUUUUAUCAGCUUAAUAGAUUAAUAGAGGAUCAGCUGCCAGAACUCUAUAAACACUUUUGCGUUCGCGGUGUAGAAACACAUAUGUUCGCUGCACAAUGGUUUUUAACACUGUUUACAGCCAGGUUUCCACUUUAUCUUGUUUUCCAUAUCUUGGAUGUAUUCCUUUUACAAGGACUUGAUACAUUGUUUCAAGUCGCUCUCGCAUUAUUAAUGUUAUGCAAAAAAGAACUACUACAACUAGAUUUUGAAAGUAUAUUAAAAUACUUUCGGGUGCAUUUGCCUAAACGUUGCCGAAACGAAGAAAUAUCGCGUUAUGUCAUGAAAUUAGCUUGUUCAGUUACCUUGAAGAAACUGAAGAAAUAUGAAGCAGAAUUUAUGACACUUAAAGAGGCACAAGAGAAUGCGGAUGAGUAUAGCAACGAGGUAGAACAAUUAAGAGGGACAGUAGCGCGCAAUGAGGAAGAAAAACAGAGAUUAGAAGCUGAGUUGGCUCAGGUGAAAGAAAUGUUACAACGUGAAGUGGCAAGAGCAGAAACGGAAAGCCGACGAAGUAACAUUAUUAUUGCAGAAUACAAACAGAUUUGUCAACGUUUAGAAGACGACUAUAAUGCUGCAAAGACAACACUUAGCGAAUUACGAUCCAAAGUUUCAAAGUGUGAAAAGUGUAGAAGCUGCAUAAUGGAUUCGUCUAAUAUAUUAGCAGAUAUUGCGCAUCACCGAAUACAGGAAAGAGUGCGAGAGUUAGAAUUGGAGUUGGCACAAACAAAGCUAGCCCAUGUCGAAGCCGAAUGUAGAAACCAGGAUUUGACGCAUCAGUUGCAUGCAACUGCUUCUGAACUUCAAGCAGCAAGAAACAGUUGGCCGUGGCUUAGUAAGACGCUGUCUAGUAUAAAAGAAGCAGCGAAUAAAAGAGAAGUAAUGGCACCUUCAUUAAUGAAAGAUUUGAGGCGAGACAGUGCACCCGGAGGUGAAAUGCAUCACUUGAUACAUUCCCGUAAUCGCGAGACUCGCGAUAAUCUCAAAGAAGUUGUGUGAUGCAGUAAGUAUUCGAAUUGAAAUGUGCACGUACGUACAUACACACACCCAUGGGUGCACAUGCGCGCAUGUGUACGUUUAAACCUGGAAGGCUAUUACUGAAGUAGAAGAAUAAACCUAAUUAUAAUAUAUAACAUAUAUGUAUUAAAACAAAGUUACUUUAACCAGGCAGAGUAUUGGAGGAAGAAUUCGUACAUUAGAAGAAAAAGACCUAUUUCAAAUAUAAAUUCGAAUACACAAUGUACGUCCAUGAUUACAUGUAGUAUUCUACUUGAUCUGUUUAUAUAAUAUACGCUCAGUAUAUGUUAUGUCAGGUUCCUCAUGUGCACUAUUUAAUCGUGUGCUUCUAGCGAGGGCAGCUUUAUCCUACACCUCUGAUAUUAAUCUUGAGAUAUUUCUUGUUGAUAUUUGUUAAUUUUUUUUAGUAUACUCAUUUUUACUUAAAUUUGGUUUGUAAAUUAUGAAUAUUAUUUCAUAUAUGAUUUUUAAGUCUUUAUAAGAGAUUUCAUGCGAAAUUGGGAAUCCUAUAUUAAGCAAUUAAUUAAGCGAUAGGGCACAUACGGAGAUGCAAAGAAGAUUACAAUAGAUGUUAGCGAUAAGUUCACUACGUUUUGUAUGAAACUAGUCUAAGAUGUGGAAUAUAGAGGUACUAUAGAAUUACUGUACAUAUACAUAUAGCACUCUCAGGCAACUAACAAACGUA